GCAUGUGUAUUUGUAAUGCCUGAGUGCCACCCCACUGCCUGCUUGCUGCGUCAGUGUGCAUGCCUGUUCCGCUGGCUAACAACGUUUGGUUUGGUUUCAGAAGACAGGAAGCUCUUUGUGGGGAUGCUGGGGAAGCAGCAGAGCGAAGACGAUGUCAGGCGGCUGUUUGAACCCUUUGGCCAGAUCGAAGAGUGCACCAUCCUCAGAGGGCCCGACGGAGCCAGCAAAGGAUGUGCCUUUGUAAAAUACGGGAGCCAUGGGGAGGCCCAGGCAGCCAUCAACAGCCUGCACGGCAGCCAGACCAUGCCGGGAGCCUCCUCCAGCCUGGUGGUGAAGUUUGCAGACACAGACAAGGAAAGGACUUUGAGGCGGAUGCAUCAGAUGGCAGGACAACUGGGAAUCUUCAACCCGAUGACCAUCCAGUUUGGAGCAUAUGGGGCAUAUACGCAAGCGAUAAUGCAGCAGCAGGCAGCCCUGAUGGCUGCAGCACAAGGGACCUGCCUGAACCCCAUGGCAGCCAUCGCCGCAGCCCAAAUGCAGCAGAUGGCGGCCUUUAACGUCAGCGGACUAGUUGCUGCUCCUAUGACCCCCUCAUCAGGUACAAGCACACCUCCAGGGAUCAGCACAGCGCCCGUCCCCAGCAUAGCCACGCCCAUUGGGGUGAAUGGGUUCAGCCCCCUCCCACCACAGACCAAUGGGCAGCCAGCAUCCGAGACCAUUUACACCAAUGGAAUCCAUCCGUACCCAGCUCAAAGUCCCACUGUGGCAGAUCCCCUCCAACAAGCCUACGCAGGCAUGCAGCACUAUGCAGCAUACCCAGCAGCCUAUGCACCUAUCAGCCAGGCCUUUCCCCAGCAAGCGCCCAUCAUUCCACAGCAGCAGAGAGAAGGUCCCGAAGGAUGUAACCUGUUUAUUUAUCACCUGCCCCAGGAGUUCGGAGAUGCGGAGCUCAUGCAGAUGUUUUUGCCUUUUGGCAAUGUCAUCUCUGCCAAAGUCUUUGUUGAUCGUGCCACCAACCAAAGUAAAUGCUUUGGUUUCGUCAGUUUUGACAAUCCAACUAGUGCUCAGGCAGCCAUUCAGGCCAUGAACGGCUUCCAGAUCGGCAUGAAGAGGCUAAAGGUCCAACUAAAGCGGCCAAAAGAUGCCAACAGACCCUACUGACCCCUGCUCACCCUGGCCCUGCAAACAGGUUGGAUGCCCUGCAGCGUAUGAAGAGUAUUCUCCCUUUUCCCAAGUGCAGUAUCCAAACUUGUAACUCUCUUUCUUUGCAACAUAUCAUGGAGGAGGUGGAAGCGAAGGAGGAGAAGAAAUGCUGGCGAAAAAGAGAGCCAUUGUGGUUGUAUCUUCUUUUUAUUUUUUAAGUUUUGAAUCAGUUUUGUUUGUUUCUUAACAAGAAAGAAAAAUACACAGUGAUGUUGGAGAAAAGACAAACAGGUGCAGAUAUUUGCUGAAUCAGACUAUGAAACGGUGGCUGCUGGAGAAGACUUUGAAUUCCUCGCAAGGAGAGAGGUGGGAUUCUUGGAAGGAAAAACAAACCAAUCUAGGAUUAAGAGCUAGGACAGCUCAUUCAUGAGGAUGAACCCUACCUUUUUAAAGCACUCAUUUGCUGCUACAAGUUUCAAAGGAGGAACUAGGAAAGAGGAUCCAAAUGGAUAUAAACCAAAGCCAGUGGGAUUGGACCAGGCGUGUAUGUUUCACCUGGAUAACGUUUUGUUUUAAAAGGGAAAGAGAAAUUGAUUUUUUCCAUAUCUGGCUGGAAAAAAAGAAAUCAAAGGCUAAGCGCAUGUUGGACUUAUAGAAGAGAUAUAUAAAUACGUUUAUAUAUAUAUAUAUAUAUAUAUAUAUAUAUAUAGACAGACACACACACACCAUGGAGCAGGGUGGGGGGGAUGCGCUCCUCUCCUUGCUUGUCACUGGCACAGGGACAUAGGAUUUACUUCUUUCAAAGUCAUAUCAUUCCUUAGAGUUUAGGGACCAAAGGACUACUGCUUUUUUAAAUAUAUAUAUAAAUAAAUUAAUUUAACAAAAAAACAAAGAAAAAAGGUAGAAGUAUCACGUAACAGCUGCGAGCGUUUCAAAAAGAAACACAAAUAGAGGGAAACUAGAAAGAGCUUUGUUUACCGUGUCGUGUGUUCCAGUGGCCCAGCGACUGCAUAGGCUGUAGGAGCCCAAGGGUCCGGAUAGCUGGGAAGUUUUUCCAAGGCUGUGGAAAGUGAAAUCGUGGCACUUCUGUCAUGGCAACUUCUUCUCGCACCCCUGUCCCACCCCAGACAAAAACAUAGAAAUUAAGAUCUUGGCUGGUAAGUAGAGCUGGUCGAAAGAUCCAAUUUUGCCUCCACCAAGAACAUGGAAGAAAUCAUUCUAUUUGAAAUUGUUAAUGGAAGAUUUGGGUUUUACCGAAGGAAAAAUUUUAAACAAAGCAAAGAUGUUUGUUUCAAAGGGAAAUUUUCAUUUUGUUUUGAGUUCUUGAGAAAUUGAAAAUUCCAUCCAAAUUGGCCUGUUUUCACCACACAUUUCAAUUUUGAUUAAACUCCCUUUGUGACAAAAAACGAUUUUGGUUGAGAAAUGUUGACCAGCUCUACUGCUGAGACAAUUAUGAGAAACAUGUUGCAACCUUCGCUAGCUCCUGAGAUAAAUAUGAUCUCCUCGGCCUCUCCUUUACACUGUGUGUGAGAGGUGAAUUGGGGCCAUAACAUUGUACAUCCAAAUCCAACUCUGAGUUACACCAGUGCAUCCCUUGCUGAGGUCACUGCAUUACCUGGGCAUAGCCGAUCAGAAUUUGGUUCGUGGGUUGCAGAUAUAUUAACAUACGAUACCUGAUGCUUCAGCAUAAGACCAUACCAGACUGUGCCAAAUAUGUAUGUGGAGCACACGUCCCCUCCAGGUGCUUACAUGUUUCAAAGGUGAAAACAAAAGAUUUUCUUUCCCGCACACCCUUCACCACCUCUGAGAUUUCCUAUCAGUAGGGCCGAUUUGCUCAAGGUCAGAUAUUUGCAUCAUGGUAUAAAUCUUCCCCUCCAGCGGAUCUCACUGAUCGCUGCAUGCGUCCAAAGGUAAGUGCGGGAGGCUGUUAUUAACUAUAGUGGACCAGACUCUGCACUGAUUUAUAAUCCCAGUGGAGUCAAUUCGAUUGUAUGGGGCAUCCAUCAGAGCAAAGUUUGGCCCAUUGAGUUUAAACAAGGGCUGAAUUCAUCCCUGAGGUAUCAUAUAAUCAUAGAAACGUAGGGCUGGAAGGGACCUCAAGACAUUAUCAAGUCCAGCUCUCCCUCAUGAAAGCAACCUUCAUGUUUCCCCACUUCCAGGCCCAGAACAAAAAAACCAGCAACUUGGCCAUAUAUAAAAAAUAAAACAAGAGAGAGGGCAAACUUCUGAGAGACCAGCAGCCUCUGGGAGAGGUCAGAUUUUACGUGUCAUGGAGAUUUAUAGUCAUAGCAUGAAAAUUUGACUGCACUGGAAUCAGUAGGUGUUUCGCCAUUGACUUCAAUGGGAUCAGGAUUUCACCUGUGGAUUGAAAGGCCAGAAGGGAGUGCAUAACUCAGUGAUUCCUGCAUCGAGCACAAUAAUUUUGCAGAAUGGUAGAAGCAGUUAUCCCCUGCCAUCCAUAAAUACAUAUAUACCAGUGGGCUCUCAAUCACUCUUGUCUCACCCGCCCCUUUACUUCUUUUCUUUGAUGUUCUCCAGGGUGGCUGAAGCUUUGCUACCCUCCUCGCUACCAUUAGAAAGGCCUUGCCUUCAAGUCUGAGAGGAUAUGCAGUCAUGGCCCUUUAAAACUCCCCCUGUCCUGCAGGGAGGGAGUGUCCUUUUUGACAGGAACUCAUUGUUAUUCAAUGGAAUUCACCCUGCAGAGGAGAAACCCCCAGCUAGGACAGAUGGGAUCUUAAAGGGGCCAGACUAUAUAUCCUGUGGGAUCUUAAAGGAGCAGGCCUGUUGCUCUUUGUUUUUAAUUUCUUCACACAUCUGCCACUUCUCUUCUCUUAGUUUCUGUCACAACUCAUGUUUCCCACCGGGCACCAGGCUGUGCUUUCCCCAGUGCCUGAACCUGCCACCUUGCGAGCAGUUGGAAAGAAUCAGCGUUAAGCUUACAAAUAUAGAGGGGAGUGAUUCAGGAUCUAAAACCAUGCCCUGAAUUGUGCUCCAGAGUCAACUCAUGGGAGAGGAGGGCAUUUCUGAAGCCUCAAAAUGAGCACCUUCCUCAGCUGUCUCCAUCCCUGACUCCACAAUGCUUUCACACUCACAGUAGCUAUAAGCGUGCCAAUGCAUGGACCACCUUCUGUUCCCUGCGAGCAUUACCCAGGAGCGUUACCUAGAAGAGUGUUCCUCGACAUGCAGUAUUCCAUCCAUUGUCAUUACCUGUAGGGCUUGGGCUUAUAAGGAACUCUUUGAUCCAGAUCCAUGUAACCAACUGAAAUGCCACAGGAUCCAUUAUGCACCAGCCAAAUGUUCACAGACCUGCUCACUUUAUACUACCAGUGCAUUUACUUGAAUUCACUGCUGCUCUCCUGGGCUAGAUUUAUGGUUUAAGUAGGUGUUAAUUAUCAUGCUGUGUAUGGGAGAUCCUGCUGUCUUUGACCUGUUUAGAACUAAAUUAGACUCUAUUUCAAAAUAAGAUUGUUUGCAGCUAGGCAGGAAGGAAGAGGGGUGUAAGGAAUGGUGCUGUGCACGCACUGCAUGGUUAGAGCAGAGGACUGGGAGUCGGAACUCAUGGCCUUUAUUCCUGACAUUGCUGCAGAUUCAUUGGAUGGGUUAAAAGCUCUGUUUAAAGUCACUGUCCUCACUCUGCCUCAGUUUUAAAAUGGGAAUAAUAAUAGUUCCCUAACUCACAAGACACAUUGUGAGGCACGUUUAAUUGAUGUUUGCAAAGGGCUUUGAGAUCUUUGCAUGCAAUGCACUGUAGAAGUGAAAAAUAUUAUUUUUAUAUAGUGGUCAGAUACUGCAUUACUGGCCCUAGAGUACAUCACUCAAAGCCUUUCAAGAAAACCAGAAUCAUGAACUUGGACGAAAGACCCUUCUACUCCAACAGUACUAAACUAAACCUAUUCUAUUGGAGCAGGAUCCAUCCAUCCAUCCCAUUGCAGCUUUGCCACUGACUUCAACAGGCUCCUACCGUAGGCUGCCCCCAGCCUCAGCCUGCUGUUUGCCCCACUCAAUGUACAAAGAAAAGAAGUAGCUGCCACCUGGAACCAGGUACGGCUCUCACAGUGCUACUGGGGGUAGAAAGAAGCCCAUACUGUUGAGCAUUCAGAUGAGAAUGGAGCUGGUUGACCAAAUGUUUGUGGAAGCACUCUAACCAAAGAGCUUCUAAUGCAGGUAUGCAGAACCAGGCCACUCACAAAACCUAGCUGUUGUUUAGUGCCAAAUGCCAUGCUACUGAGGGUAAAUGCGGUCAGAAAUUCUGUAUUUCUAAGACUAGGGGUUGUCUCCAAACCCUCCUUGGUUUUUUGCAUCUCUCGGGUCAUCUCCUGUCUUACAGUCCCAGACUCUGGGAGUCAUAUUUGAUGCACAGCAUUGAUGAACAUACACCAACAUACUCCACAGCACUCGCACCUUCUUUAGCCUCUCUGGUGCCUGCAGAUACCCCAUAAGGGAGGUGGGCUCUGUGUCUCCUGAGCAAUAUUAACCAAGGGCCAGAUCCUGCUCUCAGCUGCACUGGUGUAACUUCACCCACAUUUGUCCUUCAGUAUCUAGUGACCUGUCAUUUUACAACAUGACUUUUGUGGGUACUGGUUGGCCAUGAAUGGGUUGCCCAAAGCCACAAGGGGAGGAGAGGAGGUCCGAGAUGGAAUUUAGGAAAUGUCCAGCCAAACAGACUAGAUGUGUUUAGUUGCCCUUCACAGCUCACACGCCUUGGUUUGGUCGCUUGGCCACUGGACUCCUUUUUCUGUGAUUCAUUGUUACAUUUCCUAGUGGUUUAGAACAGAAUGCUUUUGUAGAACGUUAGCAUUUAACGUAGGAUAACUCUCCAUUUGAAAACAAAAAAAAAGACAAUCGACUUUAGUGAUCAUGUGAAAGUGACUUUUUUUAAAAAAAAAAUGAAACAAAGCAAAAAAAAAAAACAACCAUACAACAGAGGGGCUUCAAUCAGCAAGUGAUACUCAUAA